UGUAUUAGGAUGAGAUUCUGUGCAAGAUCGAUGCUCCUCACUCACUGGCUGUUGCUGGUCUCUGCAUUAAUGCUUUGCUGUAGAUCUCUGACAGCUUCAAGUCACCACCCCCGAGGCCACUCAGGACAUCAGGUCAAACAGGGCACAUGUGAGGUCGUUGCUGUGCACCGGUGCUGCAAUAAGAACCGAAUUGAAGAACGGUCACAAACCGUGAAAUGCUCUUGUUUCCCAGGCCAGGUUGCUGGUACAACUCGGGCUCAGCCUUCAUGUGUUGAAGCCUCUGUAGUGAUGCAGAAGUGGUGGUGCCACAUGAAUCCCUGCCUAGAGGGUGAAGAAUGCAAGGUUCUUCCAGAUCUUUCCGGAUGGUCCUGCAGCAGUGGCAACAAGGUUAAAACCACUAAGGCAAAUGCAGAAACUCUCUUGGAAAAAGUAGAGAACUACAGGUUUAGAAGAACUAAGGAGAUCAAAGAAAUUAACAUAAAUGAACAGCGAGUAUUAGAGAAAUUAAUAGCAUUGAAAAGUGAUAUAUCUCCUGGACCUGAUGGUCUGCGUUCUAGUGUUCUAAAAGAGGUGGCUGUGGAGAUAUAA